AAAUGUGCUGUUUUGUGUUGCGUCACGGCCGCGUCACCAAAAUUGCUUGAUUGGAUUAACACAUUUAACUCACGGUGUUCCUGUUUCCACUUUAAUUAUAGAUAAGUUCGACAAUGGAGCUAAUUACCGAAUUGGUUAACAACCAAUUUGCGUUAUACAUACCUGUAGCGUUGGUACUUGUUACUUUAACGCUGCUAUUUACCUUUGGCUUUAAACCAUCUGAACAACCAUCAUUCGAUAAACUUUCAGUUGUCGGCGAUGAACGAAAAGCGGGCGCAAAGAAACAACGAAAGGUAAAAGACAAGAAAACGGCAAACGGUAGUGCGAUCCCCGUAUCCGAGACAAAGAGCGAAAAGACGAAGCAUUCCCCGACGAAGGAAGCACCCAACACGCCAAAGCAGGCGAAGAAGCAAGACUCGGCAAAGGCGGCCGAUAAAAAGAAGGCCGAAGUGAAAGUGAAGAAAGUCGACCCGGUCGAGGAGAAGAACAAGAAGAAUGUAAAGGUUGAAAAGCCCUCCGACUUUGACGACGGUAACUGGGAGACCGUGCCAUCGAAGAACGACAAGAAGAAGAAGCAGGACAGUCCUAAGAAGGAGAAGAAACCGAAACCCGUGAAAGAGGAGGAGAACAAGGAGAAUAAGGCAGAGAACGUCGCGAAGGAAAAACCGAAGAAGGAGGUUCCUCCUGAACCGGAGAAAAAGGAGAAGUCGGUUGAGGAGAUCGAGCCGAUGGCUCCGGUUUACGAUGAAUUGGGAGAUGUGUGGGCUGAAGCGAAGCAGCCUAGGAAGUUGAAGAAGAAGUCGAGGAGAGAUUAAUUGGAUGAAGCAGCUGUGAAAUCCCUCCAGGUAUGUUGUAAUUACAAUCAUAAUGCGUUAUGAGAGCAGAUCUCAUGAAAAAAAGACUUAUGUCAUUAGUUAACAUCAUUCAUCAUUAGAGCACUGUAAAAAGUCUUGACGUUCCAGCAUUCCAGAUUUUACCAGUUAUUGUAAAAAUGUAUAGAAAUUAUAUUAAAUGUAUGUAAAUUGUGCCAAUGUGACUAAAAGGCCUUAAUGUAUGUUGCAUGUCUAUUUUAAUAAGCUGUUUGUUAUGUGAAAAGUUCUAUACAAUCAUAGGUUAAAGUCUUCCAUGUCUCAAGCAGAGCUUAAUGACCGAUUUAUGCUGGAUUAACCCUCAUCGCUUCCAUUUUAAACUUCAUGUGAUCAACAUAGCGCAUCUACCGAGUUUAUUUCAAAGGGUGCUAAUCAUUUCAUUAUCCGCAUUUUUGAUAACACUUUACAUAAUAUGUCACGACCUAUUUGCUUCAUUGAUGUAAUGAGGUGAUUUGCUUGCCAUCAGUUUUCCAUUUAUUAAAACCGAAUUGUUAAUAAAAACACUUAAUAGUUAUUAGAUUGUUUCGUACUAGUGUAGGUAAUGGUAGCUUUGUUUUUGUAUCACUGUUAGUUAUAUUUAUUUUUUGUUUGCAUUGCAAUUUACCUAUUAGAUGUAAAGAGUUUUUUUUAAUAGAAAAAAUGUCUACAAUAUGCGAGUUAUAUUUUCAUACAUAUAAAUAAUCGCUAUGAUUGUAAUCUGUCUUUUUUAAAAUAAUGUUUUAUAGUUAGUGUUAAGCGUAUGUUUAUUACUAGUUUUGUUUGUGAUUUUCAAUAUUUUUAAUUCCAUAAGAUGGAUUUUGUUUUUAGUUCUUGCAUGUAUAACGUGUGCUAGUAUAUAUUUGUUUGUUUUGUGUCCCCUUCCCGGGAAAAACUUGAGUUUGGCACUGCUCUCUCUAAAAUAUGACAAAAGACAGACCUUUUACUGUAUGUGAUUAUCUUAAUCGAUUAAUGAUAUUAAUACGGAGACUAUUAAAAGAUUAACGUUUCAAAUGAACUGUUUUUAAACAAAUAAUGUACAAAGAAAUUACUCCAUACAACAUAAAUAUGUAUAUAAGUGUAUAUUAAUAUGUACUAAGCCUAGGUCUGUGGGUUUGUUAUCAUUUGGGGACCAGUUCAAUAUAUAUUUUAAAAG